CAAGAACUAGCAUGAAAUCAUUCAUCCUGAUGACCCUUUCUUGAUUUCCCUUUUUUUGAUAGAGAUGUUUCUCGUCUUUCUAAAUAACAAACGGAGUUAUCUAUGAGUCACAUUUGAAGUAGUUCAAUUUUACAUGAUAAGUUCUUUUUCAACUCUUCUUUUAAUGAUUAUGCCUAUUAGAUGCCUGCCAUUCUAUUGUAAAGGAGUAUUUUUGUGCUUUCUCUGUUUUUUUAUUUGUAAAAGAAAUAUCAUGUGUUUUCUCUUUUUGUGGAUUUAAUACGAAAAUGGACAUUUAAUAUUAUUAUGUUACUUUCUGAAAUUGUCUGCUGUUUCGACCUUCACACUUCAAGAAUAUGAUGUUGGUAGUGAUAUUCUGCUUUUUAUUCUUUGAAAACAAACCUAUCAGCACUAGCACAAUAAGCAGAUGAGCUGCCCAGCUAUGGGACAGCUACUUUCAAACACCCGUUACUACAAACGUUUCUUUCCCUACUAUGCGUUCAAUGUUCUAGGUGGCCUUGACAGUGAAGGAAAGGGUUGUGUUUUUACAUAUGAUGCUGUUGGAUCCUACGAGAGAGUUGGGUAUAGUUCUCAAGGUUCAGGUGCAACCUUGAUCAUGCCUUUCCUUGACAACCAAUUAAAGUCUCCAAGCCCUCUCUUGUUGCUUGCCAAGGAUGCUGUAACUCCACUUUCUGAAUCAGAAGCCAUUGACUUAGUGAAGACAUGUUUUGCUUCAGCAACAGAAAGGGAUAUAUACACUGGUGACAAGCUGGAAAUGCUCAUAUUAAAUGCUGAUGGUGUUCGUAGGGAAGAAAUGGAUCUCAGGAGAGACUGAUUUCUGUUUUGCAUCAGAUUCAUGUGAUUUAUGUUUGAGUUGGUUCGGAAGGCUUGAGUCAUCGAUACAUAACAACAAAAACCCAGGAAGACCCUUCCCAUGGCUGUAUGCAUACAUCAGUUGUUAAUUUGUUGAUCAUCUGUGUAUGAUGUACUGUACUGUAAACUGCAGUUCCUGGAAAUGAUAUGCUGAACUAUAAAAGAACUUAUUGUUGAAACUUAUUUAGUCUGAAAA